AAACAAGAUCAGUGUACCAUCACUAAAUCAAGGCCUGGCAACCACCAUUUGGUGACUGUUAUAUAGGCUGCAACUUGACACUCUAGAACACAUCAGAAGCUGCUUCACACAGACAAAAUGAAAUUCGUGAUCAUCGCCGCCCUCGCCGCCGUGGCCUUCGCUGACUAUGGCUCCGUGGGAUCAAGCGAGGAGGCAGAGAUCCUGCAGCACGACUUUGAUCUCCAGGAUGACGGCAGGUACAACCUGGAGGUGAGGACCAGCAACGGCAUCUCUGUGUCACAGCACGGCAGCCCAGACGGCCCCGAGGGCGCCGUGGUCAAGAGUGGAGUGUUCUCCUACACCGCCCCUGACGGCACCCCCGUUGAGGUGAAGUUCGUCGCCGACGCCGGCGGCUACCAGCCCGACUCUGAUCUGCUGCCCGUGGCCCCCGAGUUCCCCCACCCCAUCCCCGAUUUCGUGCUGGCCCAGAUCGCUAAGGCCGCCGAGGAGGACCGCAACCGCUCUCCCGAGGACAGAUACACUUAUGCCUAAACACCCACCAUGACUAAAGCCUCCACCAUAAGGGCGAAACUCUCCUUCCCUACUCAUCUAUUUAUUACCAUUGUUAUCGUUCAAUAAUAAAUUAUAUCAUGUGAAA